AUGAACCCCGCCAACCCCGCACCAACCUUGGACUCGUUACCUAACGAGAUAUUUGUCCAAAUCCUCUCCGACUUCUCAACCCGGGCACUUCUCCCAGUUACAUCAGUCAACCACCGAUUCCACGCCCUAGUUCUAAGAAUUCUCCACUUCCGCCUUCUUCUCAACACACCACUCAAAGAAUACAAACUACUGCUAGAAUGCUUCCAUCCUAGCUCGAAGCUAACCGAGCCACAUGUAUUCUGCAAGUAUCUUGGUACGGAUGGACUGACCGAGCGCCAUGAUGGCACGGGUUCCUUAUAUGAGAAUGUCGAUAUCGCCCACAAGUUGGGUAGAGUGACAGGGCUAUAUUCGCGCUUCCGUCCGGUGGCAAGCGACGACGAAGAAGAAGAACAAAGAGACACAAAUAACUCCGGAUUUGGUUUCUCAUCAGGUAGGAUGCUUCUGUUGUCGGGGGUGGUAGGGUUCAUACGGGCUGACAUGAAAGGGGGUCGAGAUGGCAAAGAAAAGGAUGCAGUGAUACGUGAAAUUACUUUAGAUGGAUAUGAAGAUUUCUCACAGUUAUGUGUCGUGGCGAACAUAGUGCAAGUCAAGCCGGGGACAUCGUUGCUAUUGAGUGCAUCGACUAUUGAGGACGGAUUCAUCCGGCUAUGGAGGGACUGGUUACGGAAUCAAAGUGAAGGGAAGAAUAUGACUCCUGAGAAUGAAUGGGAAGAGGACCCUGAUAAGCCUCGGGCUCCCUCCGACGACGAUAUACUGUGGGUGGAUAUGAACAAGACUGUUGGGUUGAAAAUGCGCGUGCGGCCAAAGGCGUGGGAUCCGUCUUUCCCGGUGCUUGUACAUCAGGAUGAUCGGAAUAAUGACUCAUGGGUCGGGUAUGAGGUUAUUUUGCAAGGUGAGUCGCUGCUACUGUGGAGAGGAUCCGGUGUUGACUUGGUAGAACUCCACAUCCGCUCUACGCGUUUGCUGCUAGCUGUUGAGCAGUCAAAGGAAGAGCAAAAAAUGCAUCAAACCAACGCAAUGGUGAUUGGGGCUGCCCCAAUCUCUCUAUCCUGA